CAAGUCAUCUUCUAAGACCAGUUAAAAUUAAUGCAACAUUUAUUAAUGUACUGUAUAUUUUUAUAGUAAAAUUAUUGAUUUUUUUCUGCACCAAUCUAAAACUUUUGUGGAUAAAUUGUUUUUGAAAAAAGUUGCAGCUCUGACCUUCAGAGGUUUUCUGACCUGAAAAGACUAAUUAUUCUCCAGAACCUCUCAGGUGUGUUUUUGGUACCGCCCGGCGUACUGAGCUGGUAACAGCUGGUACUCUGACUGACUCGGACUCUAAAACCUUAGAGUUUAUAAACUUGGUCAAAUAAUAGUUAUCAGUUUAUUUAGGAUUCUUUGGUUGGUUGUUCUCGUAGGUCUAAGUCGUCACUAAGAAAAAACCCUCAGAGGUUUUCCUCUUCUGUUCUCAUCCAGUUCCUGAUCCGGUCGUCUUUUCUUUACCUUUUCUUCUCCAAAACCAAACGGAUCUUCCUCUGUGCUUCUCUGAAGCUGUGAUUAAAGGUGAUGAUUGGAGGAAAAGCAGGAUAGUUUCAGAGGAAGACCGUCCCGUCAGUGAGCUGGAGGACGUUUGGAGGAGGUUCUGCUGUAAUCUAAUCUCUCUCAGUCUGAAAGCUGCUUUGUUUUCUGGCUGCAGCUCAGCGCCUCACAGACCCAAAGUCCAACAGAAACACGUCUGGUUCAGAACCAAAACAUCCCUGAAUGGGACGGAUCAGCAGGUUUCUGAUCCAGACUCAUGUAGAUCCUGGUUGGUUCUGGCAGAACCAGCGGGUUUGGACCCGUGCUUCAUGUGCAGGACUCCUCAGGCUGCAGAGACCUUCACCUGCGCUCUGACCUCCUCCUCUUUCAUUAAACCUGUUGACGUGUGGAACCAUAAAGGCUGGGGGGGUUACCGGAUCAGAACCACUAGAUGCUGCUGCUGAGAGUGAAAUGGUUGCAGUUUGAUUUCGGACCUUCAGAAGAGCACAGAGCGGCCAGUAGAGGGCGGCGAUGCACCGCUUCAACAGCACCGAGCUGCAGUCCCUCCUGCUCUCCUUCCUGCAGCACUGCCUCAACAGAAGUAGCCUUCAGGCGCCUGAGAACUACACUUCCCAUGAGGCCUUGCAGCAGGCGGCCCCGGCCGGGGGCCACACUCAGCCCCAGGAGCUGAUGUACAUCCUGCUGAUGGUGGGCCUCUUCAGCUUCUUCACCUUCGGCAUCAUGCUCAGCUACAUCCGCUCCAAGAAGCUGGAGAGCUCCCAGGAUCCGUACCACCAGUACAUCGCCCACGACUGGAGCGCGGUGGCCGCGCCCCCCAGGGCCGUAGCCGAGGCCCUGCAGAGGGGGGCCGAGGGGCCGGUGGUCAUCUGCAACCCUGCGGCUCUGCAGCAGCUGCCAGAGUGAACAGACCUCCAGGACCUUUUGUGACGCAGAUAAACAGGAAGUCAUGGAUUCCUGAUUUAACUCUGAUCAAGUUAUAAUAAAAAAAUCUGGUUUUAUUUUGUCCUUCUGGAUCUGUUGGGGAUCACUGGUUACAUUCUUUAAAAAAUAAAGUUAAACUCUGAGUGCUAAUGACGCUCAGAG